AUGCUCGACGAAUUCGAUAAUUCCACGCUCAACUCCCUCGCCAAAGCAUACUGCGGCGCAGCAGGGCUAGAAGAAGGCCACGUCGAGAUCUGCAACAGCGCCGCACAGAUAGGCCUGUUCUUUGCCGUAGCUUUCGCCUUACUCUUUUUCGGCCUAUUUGACUUUUUUCUCGAGUUUUCUUGGACCCCCCGGACUGAUCAUGAGAAGAGGCUGCACGGGAUUCGGUCCCCCGGAUCCCCAGACCGCCAGUACCAACUCAUCGUUCUUCCAGAAUCGAGGUCAGGAGCGUUCAUCGCAGCAACCGACGCAAGAGGGAACCUUUAUAUGCGCGACGCGAACGAUUCUGGCGCAACAACCUGGCGAAUAGUUCUCGCCAACUACGAUAGUUCCGUCGGGUAUAACGCCGAUGGAUGCCAAUCUCGCUGA